GCAAUACGUACGUGUUGUGAUAUUUCGUCGUUGUUCCUGUUUCGUCACGUAGAAUUUACGAGAUUGUUGCUGUACUGACGAAUUCUUGUACCUCUGUAGUUAAGAAUCAUUUAGUUACCUGUAGAGAAGAGUGGAAAAUGUCCCAAACUAGAUUUGAUACGUUCUUUCGAACGCUGAACCACAAAUUGGAGCCGCAGCUUCAGACACACAUGAAGAACGUUUAUUCCUGUGUGGCUAUUUCAACAUUAGCUGCAGCUUUUGGUUCAUUUAUUCAUGUAUUUACAAGACUGCUUUCGGGUGGAUUUCUUAGUGCACUUGGAUCCAUUGGAUUUAUGCUUGCUUUGAUGGCUACUCCAGAUGAUGGGAAAAACACAAAAACAAGACUCAUGUACUUAACAGGAUUUUCUUUUCUCUCUGGUAAGCUAAAUUCGUCGCAUUCGAAAGGAAAAAAAUUAAGCACAAUAUAACUCCUAUUACCUGA